AAAAGAAGUAGAAAACUACUGACAAAUGGCACAUUAGAACUAAAAUGAUUGUAGGAGAUUGUGGAAUCAAAAUUGUAAUAAAAUAAUCAUUAAAAACCGUUCUAUAUAUAUUAAUGAAUUAUAAUAGCAGGUAAAAUAUUAACCCCGCCCAAGAAUAAUCCAAUGAACAGUACACUGCGGACAUGAAUUUGUUGAAAAGACUGACUUAAAAUUAUGUGAAUGCUUCGUUAUGGCGAUACCUGGGAAAGAACGCCAAGGUCCUUGUUUUUGGUGUUUCAAGGCACUAAAAUGGAUACCAGUCCUAUUCAUCGUAACAAUCGUAGUUUGGUCUUAUUACGCUUAUGUCGUGCAACUUUGUCUGCUGACAGUCGAAGAUGUGACUAGAAGAGUGCUGUAUUUAAUAUUCUACCAUGUAUUUUUCUUCAUGUUUUGCUGGUCCUACUUCCAGACUAUAUUCACCGAUAUCGGAACAGUCCCGAACAAAUUCAUUAUACCAGACAACGUCUUCGAAGCGUACAUGAAUAACGUCGAUAAUUUCGAAGCUCAAAACUCCAUCUUAGAAAACUUGGCUAAACGUUUACCGAUCACGAACAUUACGGUGAACGGGGGAGUGCGGUUCUGCGAGAAAUGCAGGGUACUGAAACCUGACCGCGCUCACCACUGUUCCGUGUGCGGUGUGUGUGUUUUAAAAAUGGACCACCAUUGUCCUUGGAUAAAUAACUGCGUGUCCUUUACGAAUUACAAGUUUUUCGUCCUGUUUUUAGCCUACGCCCUUACGUAUUGCGCGUACAUAGCGCUAACGUCGCUUUCUUACUUCGUAUCGUUUUGGAAAGGAGAUCUACCGGGAAGGGGGCGAUUUCACAUUUUAUUCCUGUUUUUCGUGGCUAUAAUGUUCGGAAUCAGCUUACUUUCCUUGUUUUGUUACCAUUGCUACUUAGUUAUCGAAAACAGAACCACGUUGGAAGCAUUCCGGCCUCCGAACUUUCGAAAUGUAGGGACUGAUAAAUAUGGUUUCCAUAUUGGCAAAUUUAACAACUUCAAAGAAGUGUUUGGAGAAAAUUGUAGCACUUGGUUCCUGCCAGUAAAUACAAGUUUGGGUAAUGGUUUAGAGUAUCCUGUACAUUCGCGCCUCCAUGCCAGUAGUUAUCACUCAAUGGACACCACCCAGAACAGUUCGGGAGAUGGGAUAAGUUACCGGCAAUGGCACGUGGACGAGGAUCAGGAAGGGCUGUUGCGUCCCAAUUACGAUGACGAGAACGACUCCAUUUGAGCGUGUAAAUAAAAGACCAAAGCUUUGAGAGUGUGGAUAUUUUUGAUCAUUUUUUUUUUGUCGUAAAAAGAGUUAGGUGUUUAUUGAUUUAAUUGAAACAAACAGAUUUUGUACGGUUUAACGCCAAAUAUAUUGUAUGUUCGAGUUGAAAAUAUUUGUUCGCUAAUAAAAUUUAAACUGCUUAUUCAGUUGCGUUUACGCAGAUCGUUUCGAUUUCUUCCCGAUGUCGGUCUUCCAACUUAAAUUUAACAAACUCAAAUAUUAUUAGCCUCGAACAUAUUUUCUACUUAUUGAAUUCGAACCCUUCGUACUAUCAAUAUUUUACUACUUCCCAUAAACAUUCUAUUUUUCUGUAAGUAUUUUUGUCGGUAGAGAAUUUAAAAACUAGCGCUGUGAUGGAUUUUUCUUAAAUAAAAC